UACUUGCACCAUCCUGCUUCCAUUUCGUAAGAAAGCUAAUUAAAAAUCAAAAUCCAUGUUCACUUCAUUUCCUCCAUUCUAGUCUAUCUCAGCAUGUCAGCAACAGGUAUCCUAAACCCUCUAAUCCCAAAUUUCAUUCCAUUUCCCCUAUCCAAACUCUCUCAACUUCAAUUCCUUAACUUUCCACCUUCAUUUCCAAGAAUGUCUUUUCGGUCCCAAAUUCCACCCAAUUCUCUCAACUUCUCUUUUCAAAAUCAACCCCAAUUCCCACUCGAAGACGAAGAACACGUAAUUGGCGACUGCAUAGUAUUCGAAGAAGGCAUUUUCGAUGACCCUUUUGCCCAAAACAACGAAAGCAAACCACAAAACACCAACAACAAGAAAAAAGAAAUUGAGGAGGAAAAUUUAAUACCUGAUGAAUGGGUUGAAGUUCAAAGGGAAAUUAACAUUACUAAGAAGGAAAGACGUAAGCUUUCACAGCAAUUGGAGUUUGGGCAACGUGCUGAGAGAAGGAGACUAGAUUUAAUGCCAAUUGGUAAUAAUAAUAAUAGGAGUAGUAUUGAAGAGUAUUUGAAAGCCAGAGAAGAAAAGUUGAAGCAAUUGAAGCCACUUGUGCUUGAAAACCCUGAUUAUGGGAAGGUUAAAAGGGAUAAAAAUGAGGUAAAGAGUGAUGGUGAAUUGAGUGAAAGUGAUGAAGAGGAGAGCGGAAGUGAGUCGAGGGUUUAUUCAAGUGGAAGGGUAUUGCCAAGAGAUCCAAGAUCAGCUGUAUAUGGUGGUGGAUUGGAAGAUAUUAAGGACUUCUUUAAUAGUGGCAUUUAUGAUGCCAAUGCCGCUAAAAGUCCUGAAGGUCCUCGUAAGCUUUUCACUAAGGAGGAAAAGGUCCUGUUAAACAAGCGGUUUCCUGAUUUGGUGCCUGCUACCUCUGCAAAGUGGCAGCCUCUACAUACUCUAGCUGCCUCAGGAGAGUUUUACCUUCUCACUGCUUUGUUGAAGCACAUUGUUGAUAUUAAUGUUCCAGACAAGGAUGGAUUGACAGCAAUCCACAAAGCAAUUCUUGGCAAGAAGCAGGCUAUAUUUAACUUUCUUUUAAGAGAGUCUGCAAAUCCACUUAUACGUGACAAAGAUGGAGCCACCUUGAUGCACUAUGCUGUCCGAACGGCAUCAACUCAAAUGAUAAAAAUUCUUCUCUUGUAUAACGUUGAUAUAAACCUCCAAGAUCAUGAUGGAUGGACACCUUUGCAUCUAGCUGUUCAAUCCCGUAGAACUGAUAUAGUGAGGCUUUUGUUAAUUAAGGGAGCUGACAAGAAUCUAAAGAACAGGGACGGUCUAACCCCACUUGACAUUUGCCUCCAUUCUGGUCGAGACAUAAGGACCUAUGAGCUUAUCAAAUUGUUGAAACAACUUCCCAAGGUUCGUUAGUUGGUCCGACCUAAAAAUGCAGCUGCGCAUGAAACUGGCCGAUGGCUAGCAAGUUGGAAAUGCCAGCUUUGCCUUUGGCUCUUUUGUGUCGCACCUGAGAAUUAUUUUUACAACACACACUUGGCCUGUGAGUUGGCCUGAGAAGCAGAUUCAGAUUUAUGUUUACCCCAGUAGAGAAGGAAAUUUUCUCUUUUUAAUUUCGUCACAUUGUACUACACUGCAGAAUGUGCACCAUAGUAAGUGUAAAUACAACUGUAUAUUGUUACUUAAGACAUCGGAUAGCUUGAAAUUUUUGGAUUCAAACUCUAUAACCUAGGUUUUUCUACUGA